AUGGCUACCAGCUAUCUACCUCCUGCCUUGACAGCAGACACUAUCACCGAUCUCAUUCUCUCCCUCAAUCUUCCCAAACCGACUUCAAUUGAGCCACUGGAGGUUUCUGCCGCCUUCCACUCUAUAUACCUCAUCCAUUUCUCUGCUUCAGACGCUUCAAGCAUUGCGGCGCGCACUGAAAAAGAUGGCUCGCUAAUCUUGGUCCUGCGCGUGUCGGGACGACAGCUGCCGGGUAUCAAGACCCUAAAUGAGGUUGGCGCGAUGAACUGGGUGCGCAAGAAUACACACAUUCCCGUCCCAGCAAUCGUGCGCUACGAUGCCACGGAGAAAAAUCUUAUCGGAUAUGAGUUCACUCUACUUGAAAAGGCACCCGGUGUCAGCGUAGAUAAAGUCUAUGAUACCCUGUCCACGGAAACCAAAACCAACAUGGUCCGCCAAUUGACGGAGUAUCUGAUCGAGCUGCAUUCGCAUCCCUGGAAGGAAGGAUUCGUGGGUGGCCUUAUUCCCGGCGACGAUGGAGAGAGCGCACGCGGACCACCCAUUGAUGAAUGGUUUUGGCAGGUGCCGGAUCUUGAGAAACACUGGUCUUCUCUUGGACUUCACGAGACAUUAGAAACGAUCAACCCCAUUCCUGCUGAGGGAUUUGAUAGUUAUGUAGCAUACAAUGUCGGCUGCUUGAAACGGUACAUUCAUGUGAUAGAGGUACAUCCUUCACUCGACUCCUACCGAGACAUGAUACCACGACUGCGAUCCCUUGUCGCCAAGCUACAGAAGCCCGAACUUAUCGAACAGCUCAAUCGCGUCACCUACAUAUUCGCGCACAAGGACUUGCACUUUGCGAAUAUCAUGUGCGACCCUGACGAGCCCGGAUGUCCAAUCACCGCGAUACUCGACUGGGAGUUCAGCGGCGUAGUACCAGCACCGCGAUGGAAUCCACCGCGCGCAUUCCUGUGGAAUUACAAGAAUAGUCCAGCGGAUAAAGCGGAGCACACGCGAAUGGAGGAGGUGUUUGAGCAGGUGUGUCGCGAAAAGGGGGCGGAGUGGAUGCUGGAGGAGAUGAAAAUGAGUGAUUUGCAAGAGUCAAUGCAAAAGAUAGUCAAUCAUGUUCGAGCAAUUACGGAGGUGUGUCCAAAGGGUCAAGGAAGUGAUCGAGUGGCGCAGUGGAGGAGUGUGGCUGAGACGGCGAUGGAGAAAUUUGGUGUGUAG